CACAUCAAACAAAUUCAGAAACACUUCAGAGUUAAGACAGUCAUCAUAUCUGUGAUUUACAAAGACUUCCAUAUUAAAUACUUCCUCCAUUGCAAGUGACCAGCCAAAACUCUCAACUUCUCACUUCCCCAUUGUCUUUGGUUUUCGCAAUGAAUCGAAGUGGACGUUACUCAUCUUCACCAAGAGGUAGAGGCCGACAUUCAUGGCGGAAAGUUGGGGAUGAUUCUGAUUCUUCUCCUCAUCAUCAAACUCCUGUUCCAGCAGAUACAACUUCUAAUGAUCGCUUGUCGGGUUCCCGGGAUAGUAAACCACAUAGCUCAUGGCGAGUAAAAGGGCAUAAUUCAGUUGAUGCUGUCUCACGAAAUCAUGAAAAUGUGACUCCUCCAGGUCGUCAGGAACAACAACAGGGAAGUUCUACAUUCAGGGGUGAAAAUCGCUUUCGUGGAGGACAUGUUUCAGCAGAUGCAUCUUAUCGCAUGUCAGGCUCCCGAGAGAAAAAACCACAUAGGUCAUGGCAAGUAAAAGGGGAUAAUUCGGUUGAUGCUGCCUCACAAAAUCAUGAGAAUGUGACUACUCCUGGUCGACACGACCAGCAACAAGGAAGUUCUAUGUUCAGUGAAAAUCAUCUUUGUGGAGGACAGGUUCCAACAGAUGCAUCUUCUAAUGACCACAUGUCAGGUUCCCUGGAUAGAAAACCACAUAGCUCAUUGCAAGUAAAAGGGCAUAAUUCGGUUGAUGCUGUCUCACAAAAUUAUGAGAAUGUGACUCCUCCAGGUCAAAAGGACCGGCAACAGGGAAGUUCUACAUUCAUGGGUGAAAAUCAUUUUCGUGGAGGUACGGCAAAGCAAUGGGAAGCAUCCUCGAGGACUAGCAGGACUGAUAAUUCCAGUGAUACUAGUAAUUUUGGAUCCACACCUUUUGAAACAGAAGUGCCUGUAAAUCUUGAUCCGUUAUUCAUGGAAAGUGUUGACCAUUUCACAGAUGUGUCUCGUCUUUCACUGGAAUCAGCAGUGGAAAGCAGCUGUACUAAUUCAGGAGGCAAAGUUCCAGAAAGUAAUGAGAACGUGUGUAACCAUGAAAAUAAUGAGCAUUCUAAGUGCUCUACUCCUGAAAAUUUUGAUAUCUGCCCACCAAAAUCAGAUUCUGUGUUCAAGCUGAAACCAUCAUUGCUGUCAAAAAAUAGAGAAAAGCGAAAUGAGAUGAAAAACUCUAUUGAUGGUCCUAGAGGAGAUAUUUUGAGAUCUGGGAUGGUUCUACUAAAGAGCUAUUUUUCUAGCUCGGAACAGGCGAAAAUAUUAAAGAUAUGCCGCAGUCAUGGUCUAAGCCCUGCUGGAUUCUAUCAACCUCUUUUCCGUGAAGGAGGGAAGUUGCAUUUAAAAAUGAUGUGUUUUGGUGAGUUUUGGGACCCUGAGACCAACAAAUAUGUUCGACCAGUGGAUCGGGCUAUACCACCGGCAAUUCCACACGAAUUUCUGCAGUUAGUUGAUAGAGCUAUCAAGGACUCUCAUUCUUUAAUAGCUGAGCAAUUCAGAGCAGAUAAUGUAGAAGACAUUCUUCCCCAAGUCAAUCCAGAUAUUUGCCUCGUCAAUUAUUAUGCGAAAACUGGGCGGCUUGGUCUACAUCAGGACAAAGAUGAGGGUCGAGAAAGUCUUCGCAAAGGAAUACCUAUUGUGUCCUUCUCGAUUGGGGACACUGCAGAAUUUUUGUAUGGUGAUCAGUGUGAUGCUGAAACGGCGAACAAGGUCAUGUUAGAAUCUGGAGAUGUGUUAAUAUUUGGAGGUAAAUCAAGGCAUAUUUUCCAUGGUGUUUCUAAAAUCAUACCAGACACUGCCCCAAAAACUUUGCUUGAGGAGACGAACUUCCGUUCUGGCCGUCUCAAUCUAACCUUCAGACAGCAUUAUUGAACUGUAACCCUUCUUUUUCGAGGAUUUGUGCUUGUUUUGACGGCUAGGAGUUGUUAUGUUUGUAUGGAAUAUGUAAUGUAAGUAAACUUUCUAUAUAGUAUUGUUUUGGGUUCUGAUCAAA